AUGGCCGAGGACGAGGUUGUGCGUGACUUCAAGAAGUCACUGAGCCGAAGCGGUUCACAGCAGGCGCGUGGUCUCCAGAACGAUGACUUCCAGGUUCGCUGCCAGCGUUCUCCAUCCCUUCCAGAGCUGGCAGUCGAGCCAUUGUUUCCUGAACUGGGCCGGGCCAGCGAUAUCGCUCAACCUGGGGGGUUUCGACGUGAGCACGUCUUACGCCACGCGCCGAAUGCUGCAGCGCAGCGUCCCCUGCUGGAUUCGAUGCUCGACCCACGCUUGCAGCACUACUUUGCCAAGAGCAUAGAUUUGCAGGCAGAGUCCUCCACAGCCUCAACGGUCAGUGUCGGAGCUUCCAACCUGUCGACAGUACUUGUCAUUCUCAAGUCCACUGUGGGUGGCACGCUUAUCAUCAUCCCGGGCGCUUUCUCUCGUACGGGAAUCCUUCUGGCUCCGUUGGAGUUGAUCUUCAUUGGGGGCAUCGAAAUUUAUUGCAUGGUUCUCCUCGUGAGGUGUGUUCGCACGCUUGGCGGCGGAACUUAUGGCGACAUCGCCAGGCGGGCCAUAGGGCCGCUUGGCAGCUGGGCUGUGGAUGUGAGCAUACUGCUCUCCCAGACUGGCUUUGUUUGCUCCGAGAUGCUUUACGUCGCACUCAAUUGCCAUGGAGCACUGAAGGCUUUAAACCUGUCGUCACCCCUGUGGUCCGAGGUCAACAUCCUCCUUUUGCAGCUUUUGGUAGUGAUCCCCAUGUCUUGGAUUCGGCAGCUCAAAUAUUUUCAGAUUUCCAACCUCAUUGCCAACACCACGGUUCUUCUUGCCUUGGCAAUCUUGCUUGCCUACGCGAUCAUCGGCCUUGCUGGUGAUGAGGUUGGACACGGCAUAGAGUUGGCAGGUCCCAAUUGGAUGGUUUUCGCUGGUACAGUCGUGUUUUCUUUUGAGUGCAUCAACUUCGUGAUACCGAUGUACGAUGCCCACGAGCAGAAAGACACGUUCGCGCCCAUCCUUGUGGUAACUUUAUGUGGCGUGUGCUGCUUGUUCAUUGUGUUUGGAGCUGUGAACUACAUGCGCUACGGUGAAGACACCAGGGAUGUGAUCACAUUGAACUUGCCCAAGGGCACCAGGGUGGGCCGUGUGCUUCCCUUUGCCUUUGCUCUGGCAUCGCUGUUCAACGUGCCUCUCUUCCUCUUCCCUGCAGCCGCCUACCUGGAAACACUGCUUUUCGGCGAUGUAUCUGCACCUGGUCCUCAAACACUGUUGAAGAUCAACGGCAUGAGGACACUUUUGAUCUGUGCUUGUGCCAUCAUCUCGGUUUUCGGCAAAGAUCGAAUCGACGCCUUUGUCUCAUUGAUCGGAUCUUUUUGCUGCGUGCCCUUGGCUUUCAUUUUUCCCAUCAUCUGCUACGUCAAGAUCUGCAAGCCCGGCAAAGUGGAAGCUGCGCUGGAUGGAGCUGUUCUGCUCCUGGGUGCUAUCUUGUUUGUCUACACCUCCUGGUCGGCUGUCCAGCAGCUCACUCAUCCCGCACAUCACUAG